UGUAUUAAAUGGAGAAUUGUUUUUUUCUAACAAUUAAUUAUUUUAAAUUUCAAACACAAAUAUUUUAUGGUGUUCAAAUACGUAGUAAUGAUUCAAAUAAAUCAAUAAAGAAAAAACACUAUUGUUCUAUGGGCACAACAAUAAACUUUAGGAUUUAAAAUUGGAAUGUUAUUUAAAUAUAAUAUAAAAAAACUUUAGUAGUGAUUCUUUUUUUAGUUUGUCAUGGACAAUCUCGGGCAGUACUUUAAAGAUGGAAUCAAAAAGGUUUCAGAAGCGGCCAUGGACGCUGUCGUAACAUCUAUAGUUGCAAAUCAAGAGCAACAUAUACAUCAUCUUCAAGAUAUACAACAGUGGGGAAUCAUAAAACUUAUUCAACGAUGGACAACAAGUAAAUACUUACAUCAACGGCCUAGUGUUAUUCCAUUUCAAGGGUUCUCAUUAAUAAAUUUAGUAUAUAAAAAACAAUUAAACGAUUCCCCACCUGACCAUAUUGACAAAAAUGGGGAUGCUUCUGCAAAGCGUUCAUUGUAUGAUCAAAUCUUUUCUACUUUGUUCGCGAAACAAUUAACGUUACAAGCACCGCUUUUUUCACGUUCAAUAGGAAUAAUAACCCUGAACGUAAAGGAUUGCUAUUUUUUACUAUUGCACAAUCCUUUAAAUGCUCGUUUAAAUGUAAUGAAAACAUUUCAGUGGAGAAUUCUAGCGACAUAUGGUGAUCAACAAAAAGAAACCAUUUCAGCACGCAUGGUCCAGAAGUCGCACCAGGAAAUUAUUUCUUCAUUAAUGGUACCUUCUAAUUCAGAAUCACUAAAUUUUGCAUUACACGAACAAACUUAUAAUACAAUAUGUUGGAAUCAUGUUAUCGAGUUUCAUAAUAUUAAAGAUUUAUGGAGUGAUAUCUGUUUGAGUCUUAUGUGGCGACAAACAGUAGAAAACGAUAAGGAGGACUCAAGAAACAAUUCUUUUACUUCAGAAGAAGGUUUUUCUAGUGACGCGUGUGAUCCAAAUUUUAAAUCUAGCAAAAAAAUCAAGGAAGCUUCUGGCGCAACGUACUCUUCUGAGAACUCCCAAACUACGAGUCAAUUAAAAAAGGACACUUUAACGAAGGAUUCGUUGACAUUGUUAGAAGACACUAAUCCGUCAAAAAAAAGAAAGGCGGGGACAGAAUGGACUUUAUACGGUCGCGUUAUUAUUCCUUUAUCGUCUUUAUUGUGUGACGACCAUUCAUUUUCUUCUGCUAACACAAACGUUGACAUUAACGAACAUCAGGAGUGUAUGAAUCAGAGUAAAUUGAAAAAGGAUGAUAAUAAUGUUAGUCCAUAUAACGAAGAUCUUUUUAAAGUAGAAUUAAAGGAUCGUCACACGGUCUCUUCACAUAGUAAUGGACUGUGCGGGUGGUGUUGUUCAAGCAAUUUGCUUUUAAAUCUUUAUCCGCAUACUAAAAAAGAAUUGAAGUAUUAUAGGCCAAUGCCCGGUUAUACAGCUUUAGGAAUGCAAAAUCCUCAAUUCACCCUUGGAAUUUUAAGUUUAAACAUUCAAUUUCAAUCGAACAUGUCUAAGAGAAAAGCUUUACUUUUAAGUAUGCUUAAUGCUCCGAAUUCACGAUGGAUUAAUUCGUAUUCUUUUGAACCUCAGUACUUGGAAGCUUAUGGACAGCGCGCUAAGCAUUGCAUAAGGUCGUUUCCUCGAUGGGUUUCCAAAUUUUUACAUUUAUUUUCUAUUGGGGAGAAGCCAAAGCGAAAUUUUUUUGAUACAUGUUUGGUUGCGUUUUUUUGGAUUCAGAUUCUGGGAGGCGUACUCUGUCUACCAUUUUGUUUUAUACCGCUUUGUUUUCUUGGCAUUUUGCUGUGUGUUUCACUCUCGUAUCGAUUCGGAAAUCAUUCCACAGUACCUUGCUCUUUUUCGUUAAUUUAUAAGGAUAAUUGUUUACAUAAAUGUGAUAACUUUCGAAAGUGUCCUAGUACAAUACAAAAUAUGCGCCAUUGUUGCCAUGAAAAUAAUUGUGAUAGUCUACUAGAUCGUAAGAAACGUUCUGACAAUUUGGAGAAAAAAGACAGGCUUAAAACUUAUGAAACUAAAAAAGAAAUGUUAGACGGUAUAGUUUUGUGUAAGAGUCAUGACGAUUUUUUAAACGCCGAGGAAAUUAUAUUGAACAAAUGCAAUGAAAGUCAUAAUGGUAGGUUGCAUGCUGGUGAAAAAGUUCUAGCGUCGCUUAACAAUGCUGAUUUUGAACCGGACAUUAAAGGUUUAACGGAGAGAGAUCAUACACAAAGUCACUUUGAAGAACACUUCCAUAGCCAUAACGCAGGAAUGUCUGAAAAUAGUACAAUUAAUGAUUCUUGUAUUAAACCUAAUGGUGAACGGAUAGAUGUGGAUUUGGCGGAUAGAACGCAUUCAAUCAAAGGGAACAAUUCCUUCCAAUUUCAUCAAGAAAAUGCGACAUCAGCUAAGAGUUCUACUGAAGAGUCUUGUGAACAAGUACACAAAAAGUAUGAUAGCCGUUUUCCUAAAAACAUCUCUGUAAUGGAAUCGCCAAUUGGUACUUUUGUGUCGAGUGUCUGUGACUCGACAAGCUAUUGUCCCCGGUAUCCUAUUUUUUCGGAUGACGUCGAAAAUCAGAAUGUUCAUCAUCUUUUGGAUGAAGGCUUAGAUCUUUUGGAUGCUGUACAGCGGGUGGCUGGCGUCGGCAGUUCUAUUAUAGAGAAAUUAAAGUUUGCCUUUAAUUGGGAAGAUCCCUUAAUCACACAAGUUUCUUUGGUUGUUGCAGCCUUGGUUACCUUACAAAUAACAUUAGUGAUUUACCUUUUCAUGAAACUUCCGCGUUGCAUAACACGUCUCCCGCUUCUUUCACCAUUAUUCUUUUUCAUUAUUUUAACAGAUCCUUUUAUUCAACAAAAAUUAUGGUUGGAAACGUUUGGAAUGGAUAUUGUCAUGAUUUAUUCAGCCUUUCUUUCUCGAAGCGCAUUACAACUUGAUAAGAAAAAAACUCGACAAAACGUAUCACCAAGCCAAUCUCAAAUGAAGAAAAAAUUACAAGCAAAUAAAAAAGAUGAUAGAUGUCAAGACAACCAUUUAAAAGAUUCAAAUAGUCUACUUAAUGCUUCCGAAAAUGAAUUUAAAGUCGACUGUAAAAUAAGUGAUUUAAAUACCAAUGGGACGGGUUUAAAAACAUGGUUGGGUCUACGUAAUCGUUGGAGAAACGUAAUGAAUUCAAGCCAAAAGAUAAAUUUAAAAGCUUAUUCGAAAGAAAAGUGUAUCAAUCAACCGAAUUUGAUUGAUGUUGAGCAUUGCGAAGAAAAAGUAUGUCAGAAGAACUAUACAAGUGAAACGCGUCAAUGGCAUGAAACAGAUAUAUGCCCUGUGGACAAUGUGUCUGUCUUGUCCGUUUCAGCUAAUGUGGUGACGCUUCUUCAAGAAAACCACGGUGGUGGCCAUCAUACAUUAAAACAGUUUUUUAGUUUAAAAAUCAUUUGGUCGUUUUUAAAUCUAGUUUUGUUUCAAGGCCCAUUUAGACUAGUAAAAAAAUUGUGGGUGAUAGCUACAAUUCCUUUGCGUUCUAUACUCUUUUUCUUAUUUUUACUUGGAUUGCAUACAACGGAUGUAAUUUUUCGAUUUUUGUUCUUUUGGUGGUUGCGACUUCCCGAUCGUCGAGAAAUUGAACAUCGACAAAUAGCCGCAUCUCAACGAGUAUCUUUUUUUAAAAAUUCCAUGCCUCUUUUAUCCUUAAAACCUAGUUGUACCUUCAAAUGUAUUGAAGCAAAAUCAAUGUUAGCUACGGAUAACGAGGACAUUAAUGGUGAUCGUGCAAUAUGCAACAAGUCGGGGUGUGAUCCACCUGGUUUUUCAAACGUUCAUGAAAAUAAAAAUUUCGUUUUCAAAGAAACAAACCUAUGCAGUCCUAAGACAGUUUCCAGUCUGAUUAAGACCAAUUUAAUAAAGAUGGUGGCCCCAAAUUUGACCACAACCAAAAGUUUUGUAGAGAAAAAUCUACCUGAAGAAGAUACGGUUAUGGUGGAUAAUGUUAUCUAUGACGCAACACAUGAGAAGUCGAUCAUCAACAAAGAAUUUGUUUCAUUUAACUCGACUUUGGAAAUGUUAGAGGAUGAGAAUCAUGAAUUAAUCGAAAAUUUAAAUGAAACAACACAUAAAAGUAUUUCGCAGUUUUUAAACAAAGAAUCACCAAAUUUGUUAUCCUACCGUGACGAUGAUCGUUUGAGCAGUACGCUCAGUAUUAUUAAAAAAGCUUUACCUUUUUGCAAAGGCAUCCAAACAUCUUCAAAAAAUGUACCUCUUAUCCAUCCAACAGAUCAAGCAUCCAACGAUUUGCAUGCACAACAUCCUAAAUUGGAUACUCACAGCAUAACAUCGUCGUCUUCAAAUAAUUCAUUAAAACUAUGUAGUUUUUCUCCUAUACAAGUCACACAUAUCGAUAAUAAAAUAAAUGAUUAUGUCACAGAGAGUGAUAGUAGUGUAGGUAUAAAGGCAUUGUUAUCAGAGUCUUUUUGGUCAACACCACAGCACGUGGAAGGGGAACAUUUGCACGUUGCAGAAGAAAAAGAAACCUCAACAAAUUUUAAACCAGCAGGAGUUCUCUCUAAGAUUUUGUCAAACUAUAAUAAAAACCCAACAUUAGCUUUAUUGAAAAACUAUUUUUAAAAGUUGAAAAUGAUAUGCAGACGGUAACAAGGCAAAUCAUAUGGAAAAUGCACGUAAAAAAAAAAAC